AUGGCUGAUCCUGAGCUGGAAGCAAUCAGACAGAGAAGGAUGCAGGAGCUUAUGGGUCUGCAUGGCGCGGGAAAUCAACCCAACCCUGAACAGCAGAGCGCUCAGGAGGAUGCAAAGAGGGAGGCAGAGGAAAGAAGACAAAUGAUGCUUAGUCAGAUACUGUCAGCUGAGGCACGAGAAAGACUUGCUCGAAUUGCUUUGGUGAAACCAGAGAAAGCAAAAGGUGUUGAAGAUGUUAUAUUGAGAGCUGCUCAAAUGGGUCAGAUAGCUGAAAAGGUUACUGAAGAAAGGCUCAUAACUCUGCUGGAGCAGAUUAACAGCCAAACAGCAAAGCAAACAAAAGUUACAAUACAGAGGCGUCGAAGUGUUCUCGAGGAUGAUGAUUAG